GUUGUAACAUAAAGAAACUGAAAUGACUCAAUACUUUACAGUAAAUGCCACUGGCUGUGAGUUGAAAAACCACUAACUACUUGCUGUAGCAAUGUAUGAGAAUUGUAGCAUCAGUCAUUCUUCUUUCUUAGUGUCUGAAGGAACAUGCCUUCAUAUUCUUCACAGUUCCCAUCUCUCUUAUGACUCUUUAACCCUCUUUCUAUUGUGCCCACCUCCCCCCUUUCAUUUUCACAGUUUUCAACAUUAUCCACUCCUCUGGCUUGCAUAUUUUUGCUGCGUGAUGGGUAAAAUGUUAACGUCCCUCUCCUUUUCAGACUCUUGUCACCAUUCAUAUUGCCCCUUUUCCUACACACCCCCUUUGUGUUUAAUUUCUCUCUCUCUGUCUCAUGCAGAUUGUUUCCAUAUGAAUCUUGCCGGAUCCCAACUGAGGCUCAUUGCUUCAACAUUUUAAUGCUUUCUGUCCAGCCUCACUUGGCUUUGAGUCCAGGGAGUUCUGACUUGUCAACCAACUGUCCCACCAAAGAGCUCAUUCUUCAUAUUGCUUUGCGUGGGUAGAGGGCCGAUUGAACCACGUCGGCGUGAGAGGCGGAGCCAGCUGUUCCUGCAGCCUCUCUUCGCAACCUCCGACCUGCAGAAAAUUUUCCAUCUCGGCCUUAAAAGAAUUAGCCAUCCAGGUGUCCAUCGCCUACCCACACCCUCUCCACAUCCUUCCCAUCCCCCCUGAUGGGCGCCUUGGUAGUCGGCAGCUUUCCACCACCAUUGCCAGCGUCACAGGCAUAACGAACCACCUUCGCUAUGGAGAUGAAACAGCCAAUGAUGACAGAGCGCGAGGGAGAGGACCGGAGCCGAGAAGAAACGCAGGAGAACGGAAGGCUCGUGGCGGACGGCUUGGCGGAAAAGGGUCAGAAGCCCGGCCCGCAAUCGGGGCAGGUUUCAAACGGUUACCCUGCCACCUCCCCGCAGAGCCCUGGGGAGACUGGAGCUGGCAUUGGAGGGCCUCCCAGGACUCUUGUGGUCCAGCAGACAAGUUUAGAGCACCCCCGUGAGACCUGGAGCAAAAAGAUAGACUUCCUGCUCUCGGUGGUGGGCUAUGCCGUGGACCUGGGAAACGUGUGGCGAUUCCCCUACAUCUGCUACCAGAACGGAGGAGGUGCAUUUCUCCUGCCCUACCUGCUGAUGGCAGUGUUUGGAGGGGUCCCUCUGUUCUACAUGGAGUUGGCUCUGGGGCAGUUCCAUCGCAGUGGCUGCAUCUCCAUCUGGAGGCAAAUUUGCCCCAUAUUCAAGGGAAUAGGCUUUGCCAUCUGCAUCAUUGCCCUGUACAUCGCCUUCUACUACAACACCAUCAUGGCCUGGGCACUCUACUACCUGCUCUCCUCCUUCAAUGCCACCCUUCCCUGGAGCACGUGCACUAACGCGUGGAACACAGCCAGCUGCACCCGAUACAGCUUCACCGAUCGCAACGUGUCCUGGAACAACGCCUCGAUCUCGCCUGCCGAGGAGUUCUAUACGAGGCAGGUGCUGCAGGUCCACCUGUCCCCGGGGCUGCACCAGCUGGGACCAGUGAGCUGGCAGCUGGCCCUGUGUCUGCUCUUCAUCUUCACUGUGGUCUACUUCAGCAUCUGGAAGGGAGUCAAAACCUCAGGAAAGGUGGUAUGGGUCACCGCCACCCUUCCCUACGUGGUGCUGCUGGUGUUGCUGGUUCGAGGCGCUACGCUACCUGGUGCCUGGAGGGGUGUGGUGUACUAUCUGAAGCCGGACUGGACGAAGCUGCUCACCACCACGAUCUGGAUAGACGCAGCUGCACAGAUCUUCUUCUCCCUGGGGCCCGGCUUUGGUGUGCUCCUGGCCUUUGCUAGCUACAACCCAUUCCACAACAACUGCUACAAGGACGCCUUGGUAACCAGCUCCAUUAACUGUCUUACCAGUUUCCUAUCCGGGUUUGUGAUCUUCACAGUGCUGGGUUACAUGGCAGAGAUGCGCAACCUCGGUGUGGAGCAUGUAGCGAAGGAUGCAGGCCCUAGUCUGCUCUUCAUCAUCUACGCUGAGGCCAUUGCCAACAUGCCUGCCGCUACCUUCUUUGCCAUCAUCUUCUUCCUCAUGAUCAUAAUGUUGGGACUGGACAGCACAUUUGCCGGCUUAGAGGGCGUGAUCACGGCGGUGCUGGACGAGUUCCCGCAGGUGCUGGCGAAACGGAGGGAAUGGUUCGUCCUGGGCCUCAUCUGUGUCUGCUACCUGGGGGCUCUCUCCACCCUCACAUACGGAGGUGCCUUUGUGGUGAAAUUGUUUGAAGAAUAUGCCACUGGCCCUGCUGUUAUCACCGUGGUCUUCCUGGAGGUUAUUGCUGUCUCUUGGUUCUACGGUACAUCCAAGUUCUGCAGAGAUGUCCACAUGAUGCUGGGCUUCUCUCCAAGCUGGUUCUGGAAGGUGUGUUGGAUGGCCAUUUGCCCCUGCUUCCUACUGUUCAUCAUUGCCAGCUUCUUGGCCUUCCCUCCUGAAGUAAGGCUUUUCAACUAUCUCUACCCUACCUGGACCACCGUGCUGGGCUACUGUAUUGGGGUCUCCUCCUUCAUCUGUGUGCCCUCCUACAUGCUGUACCACCUGCUCACCACACCAGGCACCUUCAAACAGCGGCUUUUGAAGAGCAUCACUCCAGAGGCUGGGGGAGCAGGUGGGCCGCACAGGGACAUCGUGGUUAACGCUGUCUAACCUGUCUAAGCCCUCUACUGGACAUGUGGAAGACGUGCAGCAAGGGCAUGUCCCAAUCCCCACCUUCCCCGCUGCUGCCCCUCUCGGCAUUCCUGCACCCUAAAGAUGCCUACAAACUUUCUGUGUUGAGACAUGUUUUGCCUUUAACUAUCUACUGCUUCAAAGCAGGGUCUGAGCCACAACGGUUCUAAAUCUGCAGAAACAUUUUCCCUCAUUAAGAGAUUUCAAAUUCUUCGGGAUUAAUUUCUGAAGUGGAUUUCGGAUUUGACAGUACAGUAUGUUCUUAAAGAUGUCAUAUCCAUAUAUACGUAUAUACAAAUAUGUACAUGC